UGUAUCCGGAGGAUGGACCAAUCAUCAUUUAGUUCUGGGGUCUCUGCUUCACCACUUUUAUUUUGUCUUCCUCUCCAGAUCUCACAUCUGUGCUGUAAAAGCCUCUCAGUCAGUGAACACGUAAACAGUAAACAACAACAGCCAGCUGAUGUAGCUACAUGUAGCUCCUGGUCCGUCCAGCAGGUGGCACCAACAACCCAAAGGUUGUUAAGCAGCAGCAGAAAAAGCCGCUAGCAGGUUGCCAUGGAGGCCACUGUAAUCGUAGAGGACCAGGUGGACAUUCAGAUGGAGAACAGGGUGAAGGAGAAGGAACUGGAGGAGCUCUCGCCCUCUGACAGAGAGCCAAAGAUAAUCCACCGCUCUUUGGGGAGGCGGGGUCUACGAGUAACAAGGCGAGGCCCUCCAGAAAAGAGGCGGGGACCUCCAGAAAAGAGGCGAGGCCAGAAACAGAAGAGGCGGGGCCAGAAGGAGAAGUCAGAUGGUGUGACGGUGAAGAGGACAUGGAGUGGUGGGAAGCGGCGCUGGGACAAGAAACAUUACUGUGUUUUCUGCCGCCGGCCGCAGGUGAAGAUCGCUCGCCACCUGCUCAGGAAACAUUGUGAUGAGCAGGAAGUAAUGGAGGCCAGUGUGCUGCCAACAGGUUCCAAACAGCGCCACCUGCUACUGGAACGCCUGCGCUGCAGGGGAAACUACAUGCACAACAUUGAGGUGAUCCGACAGGGCAGCGGGGAGAUCGUGCCGUGGCGUCAGCCCUCAGAGGACGUCGAUGCUAGAAACUACCUGCCCUGCCCCCUCUGCCUUGGGUUCUUCCUCCGUGCUGAUCUCUGGAAACAUCAGGCGUCCUGUCGUAAGAAGCUAGCUGCUGACCUGUCCAGAGGUCCCUUCUUAGAUCUACUCACCCAGCAGGUGAAGACCUCCUCAGGUGAACCAACCUGUGAUUCAGCAGAACAAGCACCUACAGAUCCCGUCAGACUGUCUACGCACCAGCCCCUGUCCUCUGGUUCUGAUGUGGACCAGAACCAGAACUCUGCAGUGACUCCACCCAGGAAGAGGACCAGAGUCCAGGCUGCAGCAUCUCGCCUGCUGCCCAUCUCCAGUGGAGCUUCAGAGAGCUGCAGUGAGAUCCUGCACCGCAUGAACCAGGACACCGUGUCCCAUCAGGUGAAGUCUGAUUGGCUGAUCUGUAAAUACGGAAACAAGUUGAUGGGGAACCAAGAUGGUGGACUGAGGAGGUACGACUACUUCAGCCAGAAGCUCCGAGAACUUGGUCGGUUACUGCUGGCAGCCAAGUCUCUUGACUCCGACAUCCAGACCUUGCAGGACCUUCUGGCUCCAGGCCAUCUCAGCCUGGUUCUGUCAGCCGCCAGGAAGGCCUCUGGGUACAGAUGGAGCCGCCCCCCGCUAUCGAUCAAGACCACGCUGAAGACCAUCUGUGAGGUUGCCAUUGAACAGAGUCUGCAGGUUGCAGACUGGGAGGCUGCUGCCAGGGCUACCGACUUCUACCACAUGUUGGGGAAGGAGUGGGACACUCUAGGUCUGGAGAACCCUGGUCCUGACCCAGAGAAUUCAGAGGAAGGGACCACCCCAAAGAAACAAGUCUUCUGUCCCCACACGGAGAACAACCAGAGACCUGAUGUUCUGUUGAGGAUCAGUAAGAACCCAGAACCCUCCCAGAUUCCUCCAGGGUCCAGAUUGAGGACUUCAGUCUCAGUUCCUGCUGCUCCCAGGAAGGUCCGCCGUCGGCCCUGGUCUUCUGAGGAGAAGGAGGCCAUCUGGAGGCAACUGGGAGACCACGUCCUGGCCCAGUCGGUACCUGGAAAGGAGGUUUGUCAGCGAUGUCUAGACUUGGAACCUGUCCUCAAAGGAAGACAUUGGAAAGAUGUGAAAAACCAGAUCCACAACCAGAUCCAGAGCCAGAAGAAGCAGCAGUUUCAUGCCCAGAUGAACCUAGAAGAGAACCAGACAGGACAAACACCAAACCAGUCAUAUCAGACCCAAAUAGAUCAACAGAGCAGAGAACCUGCUCAGAACCAGAAGAAACCAAUAUACCAGGUCCAGAUGGACCUCCAGAUCCAGGACAACAUUCAAAGCCAGAUGAAGCAGCUGGAUUACAUCAAAGUGGGCCAGGACCAGCUUCACAUCCACAAGAAGCAUUUGUGCCAUAUGAGACUGGAUCUCCAGAGCCAUGGUCAGGUCCUUAAGAUACACCAAAUGGACCAUCAGAACCAGUCCCAUCAUAGCCUGGAUCAGGACACGUCCACUCUGACAGUCUCAUCCUAUGGACCUGACGGGCCUCUACCAGCUCCAGAACAUCUAGUGUUGGGCCAGGAACCUAACAUGCUCCACUAUCCUGUUCUGCCCAGAGAACCCAGAACCCAGAUGGACCCACUUCUGUCCAGAACCAGUUGGACUGAUGAGACUUUAGCCCAGAACUUCUCCAUCAGCAAAACACUGCUACCUGAUCCCAACUCUGGGAAUGUCCAGUUCUGAUGGUCUAAAUAUAACAGCAGCAGAGGUUUAUUGAACAUAAACUCAAACAUACCUGAUAUGUAUGUGUAUAUAUAUAUAUAUAUAUAUAUAUAUAUAUAUAUAUAUAUACACAUACAUAUAUACAAAGGUUUUUGUCCACUGUAAGGUCAAAGGUCACCAGACAUUGAUUUGUCCACAGUCUGCUUCAUCAAGGGUUAACUGUGUACUUUCCACUGCUCUAUGAACUUGCUGCUACCAAGAAGAGAAGCCAUAAUAAAAUUCCUUCUCCUGACUCCCUUA